AACAGCACUGGCUGUCACUCAGUGCCGUCCGUCAUUCCGUCAAACGGCCUGGUGAUGUUUGUUGUAAACAACGGAGAAGUAACACGAUAAAGUUUUAUUAGUUAAACAUCAACUACCUUGAUCCUCAUGGAGUGAAUGAUGAAGAAGUCGAAAAACGUUUCAGUGCAAGUGAUCGACAGUGAUAUAACUUUACUCCUGCCUAAUGGUACUGAGAUCAGGCAAAUGGAGCCCAAAUACUCUUGGCUUAGGAAAAUCUGCCUGGUCUGUUUUUUCCUUGCAGUGUUUGGAAUCGUCGUCUUUGGAUAUUAUUCCCCGGAUAAAGUGCGCGCAUUGAACACGAGAGAAUUUCCCCUCGUCAGCGACGACAAUUUGGGUAAACCGCUGGGCUUGACGCACACAAAAGUGGGCCUGAGCUAUGAUGACAUGCUCAACGACGACUUCGCCUUCGACAUGGACUCGCACGAUGUGAUGGUCUUCUUGCACAUGCAGAAGACUGGCGGCACCUCUUUCGGCAAGCAUUUAGUCCACGAUUUGGACCUGAAACGUCCGUGCACGUGUCCGUUGUCGCGGAAGCGCUGCUACUGCUUCCGGCCCCACUCGAACCAGAGCUGGCUGUUCAGUCGUUACACGACAGGCUGGAAAUGCGGCCUGCAUGCCGACUGGACCGAGCUAACCAGUUGUGUGGACGAGAAGCUGGACGAAGCGGAGGGUUCGUUCAAGAGACGAUAUUUUUAUAUUACGCUGUUACGCGACCCGAUCGCCAGAUACUUAUCCGAAUUCAGACACGUACAAAGGGGAGCCACAUGGAAGGGUUCGCGACAUUAUUGUAACGGGAGAGAUGCGACCGACGAAGAAAUUCCACCCUGCUAUCGAGGGCUGACGUGGGAGGCGGUCGAAUUGGACGAAUUCAUCGAUUGCGACUCAAAUUUGGCUGCGAAUCGCCAAACUAGAAUGCUGGCCGACCUCGAAUUAGUUGGUUGUUACAAUAAAAAAUACAUGUCGGCAGCGGACAGAGAUCGAAUAAUGCUGGCGUCCGCCAAAAAAAAUCUGCAGUCGAUGGCCUUCUUCGGCCUGACCGAGUACCAGAAAAUAUCCCAGUACAUAUUCGAAGAGACGUUCAACUUGCGUUUCCUCGUGCCUUUCGAACAAAACAAUGCCACCGUCUCCAGUUCGACGAUGCCUACGUUGACGAAGCGUCAGCAAGAGAAAAUCUCGCAACUGAACAGUCUCGACGUGGAACUGUACGAGUUUGCGAAGCGACUUCUGAUGGAGAGGUUCGAAAAGUUGAAAGCCAGAGAUGCCGAUUUCGACAAAAGAUUUAAACAUUUGGGCGAAGUUGUGGGACGAAGCGGGGUCACCGAAUUCGAUUGGGACAGGCUGGAUGAUCCGACGCAGUCGUCGGAGGACUGAACGUCAAGCUCAAAAGUCGCGACGCCGUUUUAUGUUGAUGGAUGGAUUUUUAUCGACAUAUCGAAGAUUAUUACAGUCAUUCGGUGCAAAUUUGUAAGGAAAUUUCAAAAUUCUCUUACACAUUUGCACGGAAUGAGUGUUAUAUGAGAAGAAGGGAUUAAUAUAGGUGCAAUAGUUCAGUUCGCAUUCGACCUUCUAAACAUAAAACUAGUUUGCGACGAUUUAUAAUUAGGUAAUGUCCUGAAGGUGACAUUUUUAAACGUGAUUUUAGUCAUAUUGACUGGUGGUUUUAAGCAUCAUAAAUAUCACCACCACCACUAGUGUUUAGCCAGUUAUACCAAUUUAUAUUCGUAUUCGUAAUCCAAAACGAAAAUGUUCGUUCACUUAUAAUGCAUAUCCAGAUUUGGUUACAAUUGAAUAAAGUGAUUAUGCAUCUCCCUCUCUCUUUCUCUGUUUGUGAGACUGAUUAUUUGAUUUGCAAUAAGCUUAUGCAUCGAAUUCGACACGUAAGGUAUAGAAUAAGUUUUUAAAUAUACACAAAGAUAAGUUGCAGUACAAAUUUUAAUUUUUAAUUUCCUCAUCAAGUCUUCCCCCAUUCAAGUGAUUGAUGAUUGUUGUUAAGAAUAUUGUUGUAAGAAAGCACUGUAUUUUUCGGGAUGCACAAGCACUAGUUGAACACUGCCUUUUUGGUUGUAACAUAUUGGUGGACAUCACUAAUUUUAGAAUUUUAGUUUGUAAGUUAUAGUAUUAUUUAUUACAAAAACGAAGCCAAAGAAAAUUGUAUCGUGACAUUUUUAUUGUUUAGGGUUGAUUUUUGUGUGAUGCAGGAUUUUGUUGAACACUCUAAUGGACAGACAAUCUUUGUAUUACAUAUUGUUAAAGGUAGCUAUUAUAUGAAUAUGUUUAUUUAAGAUAACGUUAAUAUUAGGUUAAUAGAAUUCACGUAUACAUGCUCUACGUUUAAUUUCACGAUUUUCAUUUGUUUAGUGCAUGCUCUUUUACUUAACAAUAGAGGAUUUUACCGUUCCAUGGUUGAAAUAAUAUGUUGCAUUUACUUUUAUAAAUGUACAACACUUAUGACUGAUUUUAUUUUUAAAUACUUAGUGGUACUUAUAAAUGAUUUUAGAUAGUUUAUUAUUAUGUUGUAUGUAAAAUAAAUAUUACUUUUGCAUAAAAUAUAAAUAUAUAUAUAUAUA